UUUUUAUUGGCUUCACGAGAGGCACAACACUACUCUUUAAUGUGGGAUAAACAACUCUCUGAUGAGUUGCCUUGAUUGGAUCUCCAGGAGGAUGUUUAUGACUGUGGGCUAUUUCUACUCGGGCCUCCGCCCAUGCUGCCCGCCUCUCUGCCUGCUAGACGCGGCCUGCCCACGGCGAGAUCAGUGUGGCUGCAGGCUCGCUUUGAGCAAGAACAAGAACUUCCGAUACGACGUGCAUGUGCACCAUGGUCUCGCAGCAGAGGUGACAGGCUGUUAAGCUGCUUGUGGAGCAUGGGUACAACUGCCAGUGCCGCGCCACAGCCUGUUUCCGAAGCGUCGCCGCUUGAGAGUGUCCAUGGCAACGGGAUGGCCGACAGCAGGCAGUCUCUCAGCAUGAGCCCCUUCCAGACGGUCAGCAUCCACAACAACAAGGCCAAGUCCAUCAUCACCAACAAAGUCGCACCUGUCGUCAUCACGUACAACUGCAGACAGGAAUUUCAGAUUCACGAUGAAAUCAUCAAGACGAACUACAGAGUGGGCCGGAUAUCGGACGCUCUGCCGGAGCACUACCUGGUGCAGGGGGAGUACUUCAUGGUCCAGGAUGUGUACAGCAAGGCCGACGUCCUCAACACCACGGGCAGCUGUGGAGCGCCCAAUUUCCGCCAAGUCAGGGGAUCCUACCCGCUGUAUGGGAUGGGUCAGCCCAGUCUGAAUGGCUUCAAACACGUUCUUCAGAGGCUCCAGUCACAGGGACACCAGGAGGUCAUAUUCUUCUGUGUGAGAGAGGAGCCGGUGGUUUUCCUGCACAAGGACGACAACUUUGUGCCGUACACACCGAGGAGGAAGGAAAACCUACACGAAAACCUUCACGGUUUAGAGAAGGAGGAACUGGUGGAGAAGCUGGAGCUCAUCAUCAGGAAGGAGCUCCACGACUUUGCCAAACUCAACGAAGACGUCUUCUACGUCUACAACGACAUCGAGCACUUUAAAGACGAGCCGCAGAAGAUCUCCAUCGCGAGCGAGGAGGACAUCCAUGUGACUGAAGAGGUCUACAAGAGGCCCGUGUUCACCAUGCCGGGCUACAGGUACUACAGAUUACCACUACCCAUGGAGGGAGCGCCACUGGAGGAGGAUUUUGAUGCGUUUGUUAGCAUACUCAGGGAGAGCCCCAGCUUGUCUCUGGGCCGCGGGGGGUCCCGCCCGCUGCCGGCUCUGCUCUUCAACUGCCAGGUGGGCGUCGGCCGCACCAACCUGGCCAUGAUCCUGGGCACACUGGUCAUGAAUCGCCUCAGGGAUGAGUCACAACCACACAUUGAAGAGGAAGUCGCCUCAAAGCCCAAACAACUAUUCCAGGUCAUUCAGUGCCUGAUCAACAAGCUGCCCAGCGGACAGCAGGUCAUGGAAGAGGUUGACCAGGCUAUAAGCCUUUGUUCAGAAAUGCACAACAUAAAAGAGGCAAUAUAUGAGAACAAGAGCAAGCUGGAAGGUAUUGGCGAAGAUUAUCAAAUACAGGGAAGCAGUACCAAAGACUACUUCCUUCACAGAACCCAGCAGAGCUUAGAGCGCUACUUCUACUUAAUUGUAUUCAACGCAUACCUUCGUGAACAGUAUCCUCUCGCCUUUGUGUCCAACUUCAGCCAGUGGAUGUGCUCCCACGCUUGGCUGUACAGGCUGCUGGCCCGCAUGGACCUGUCAGAGCUGUCGGCCCCCGCCGAGCUGGUCACCAGAGGGGCCCGCGUCCUGGUUGCUGAUGAGUGUUUGGCGCCUGACGUGCUCAGCACAGUGAAGGAGAUGAAGGCGGCCAACUUCAGACGAGUGCCCAAGAUGCCUAUUUAUGGAAUGGCUCAGCCAACAUCAGAGGCUACCGGAGCCGUGUUGGCCCACCUGACCGAUGAGAAGAGGAAACACGGCCACGUGUUGUGGGUCAACUUGCAGGAGGAGCUCGUGCUCGAAGGGAAUGGUCAGAUUUUUACACCGAGGGAGCCCUCGUGCCCGGACCAGCACAUUCCCAUCCCCUCGUCCGACCCACAGCUGAUAGAGAAACUGGAGACGUCUCUGAAGGAGGAGCUCCUGCGAGCUCAGAAGUGGCUCGAGGUGACGCUGGAGCAGGAGAAACAGAUGAAGAUGUUUAAAAGCUGCCUGACGGUGCAGGAGAUCUUCAACCAGCACAAAAGCAAACAGCAGGGCCUCGUGAGCAAGCGCAUCCCGCUGCCGGACUGCAGCGCGCCCAGAGAAGAGGAUUUUGAUAAGCUGUUGGAGGCCAUGAAGAGCGCCUUGGCUGAGGACUCUCAUUCAGCUUUUGUUUUUAACUGCUCCAAUGGCAAAGGCCGGACCACCACCGCCAUGGUUGUCUCUGUUCUCACUCUCUGGCACUUUAAUGGUUUUCCAGAGUUUGGUGACGACGAGUUUGUGAGUGUUCCUGACGCCAAGUACACAAAAGGAGAAUUUGAGGUUGUGAUGCAGCUGGUGCGUCUGCUCCCCGACGGCCACCGGAUGAAGAGGGAGGUGGAUAUGGCCCUGGACUCCGUCAGCGAGACCAUGACCCCCAUGCACUACCACCUGCGAGAGAUCAUCAUCUGCACGUACAGACAGAUCAAAAGUGGAAAGACGGAGAAGGAGAGUCAGCAGCUGCUGCUGAGGAGCCUGCAGUACCUGGAGCGAUACAUUUACCUCAUCCUCUUCAACACAUACCUGCACCUGGAGAAGAAAGACUCCUGGCAGCGCUCCUUCACUCUCUGGAUGGAACAGGUGGCUGCCAGAGCCGGAGUUUAUGACAUCCUCAACCAGCUGGGCUUCUCCGAGUUCGAAAACCCGAGGGACACGGCGCUGGCCCGGCUGCGCUGCCGCUGGCAACGGCAAAACAUUCGCUCACUUCCGUUCCGCGGGGAGUUCAUCUGAGAGGGAGUCCGUGUGAACGCGCCCCUGAAAAGCUUUUCAAAAUAAAAGACAUUAACAUUGUUAUGCCUUUGAUAUUAACCCCUGUAUUAUCCAUUCUUCGUCCAUUGUUUAACAUUUUUAGGAAUUUUAUUGUUUCAGUGUUAGCAGAAUGUUGCUCCUAUAUUAGAAGUUGAUAUUUGUGCCUUUGCUUUUUUUAUGAAUGGUAGAUCAUAGAAUUUCAAUGUACUAAUAUUUAUGUUACUUUUUUCUUCAUGAGUUCUCACAUCUGAAGAUGAGAGAUCCUUCUAAAAACUUCUGUUGGAACAAGUUGAGUUAAAUGCUGUUAUUGAGGGGGGCAGCAAAUUCCACUGUGUUGUUAGUCAGCCAUUGUGGUUGCACGUCGCAACUGUUUGCUGUGGAGCGACCUGAUAUUUUUCUUGAGCCCUGUCCUUGCCUUCUUAGCACAGCUGACACCAGUGGCUGUUUUCUAAAGCCACUUGGAGGGUAUGUUGUUAAGAUCAGUCAGAAUUUCUUUAGCAAAAGUAUAACACCAAUGAUGUGUGCAUCUGUUUCUUCUUACAUUUAUCUACAUUUGUCACGAUUAAGGUACUAACAGUACAGCAUGCCAGCAAUUUUUAGUUUGAUUUUAGUUUUAAACUGUAUAUGUGUCUUAUUAUUUGUGUUUGUAAACAUUGGAGCGAUGUUGCUUUGAAAUUAACUAAUUAAUUAAUAGAAUUAAUUUCCUGAUGAACCGAGGAUUAUGUCUUAUUAUUAUGGUUUUUUGCAUUAUUCUUACACGUCAAAAUCUGGUGUCUACAUUAUCCACAAUGCAACCUGAGGUUUGUAGUCAUGCAGCUGAUAUCACCGGAUCGAUUUACCCUUUAACAAAUGCUGCUCACGUUGGUGGCAUCCGCGUAAUGAGGCCAUAGCUGCACCAUUCACUUAUUGCACAGAACAAAAAGUUGGAAUUGAUUUGUCACCCAUUCAGGGCUGCAAGUAUACCAUUGAUUCCCUUCAGCACAUGCCAAUUCUUGUUUAUUAUGUUGUAAACUGUACAGUAUUUCUUGAAAAGUCCAAACUCUUACUGUUUAAUAUGCUAAUGUUUUUUUUUUUAGUAAGUAUCUUGUAGUUCAAUUGUGCUUAAAAACAAAACAAAUCCUGCCUUAAAACCACAGAGAUAAGCCACAAAAGAAAUUAAAAAAAGAAUCCUUCCUUCA